AUGUCACGUCCAGUUUUAUCUUCCGCCGUCCGCCAGAUAUCUCGCCCUCGUCCUGCCCGGGCCACAUUCUCUGCGCGCUCUUCCCCCGUGCCGAAUCCGACACCGAGCUUCUCCGCAUCCUUUUGCCACUCUUCAUACGGGACGCCGACGGUCCCCUCUGCGGCGAGACAACGGAAUUCGAGAGUUCGAUGCGCUGGAGAUAGGACUAGAGCCUCAAAGACAUGGCUUACUGCUGCUCAACCGCGCUCAGCGUUUUCCACUUCCGCUCCGAAUUCCGCCCCUCAAGUUACGCAGAACCCGAGGGCCGGCGAGGAUGGGGAGACGUUGAUGGUGGGCAUCUCUGAGCGAGCUGCAAAUCGCCUCCGUCAAAUCACCGACCCCUCCUCCCCCUCUUCUACCACAAAGGAAGAAAACCCCUACAACCACCUGCGAAUCACCGUUACUAGUGGCGGUUGCCACGGGUUCCAGUACAUGAUGUCGCUCGAACCCGCAUCAAAAAUUGACGCAGAAGAAGACACGAUAUUCGAGGCCGAGCCGUUAGAAGACGGGGGUUCGGCCGGUGGCGCCAAGGUGGUGAUGGAUGAACCCUCGCUUGAACUUUUGUCUGGAAGCACAGUUGACUACACGACGGAGUUGAUUGGGAGCCAAUUCAAGAUUGUGGAUAACCCGCGUGCGACGAGUAGUUGUGGUUGCGGGACGAGUUUUGAUGUUGUUGAUUAG